AGCGGACGGUCGUGGGGUGAGAGGAUGUGAAGAUGGCGGAGCUGCAGAUGCUGCUGGAGGAGGAGAUCCCCGGGGGGCGCCGGGCCCUGUUCGACAGCUACACGAACCUGGAGCGGGUGGCCGAGUACUGCGAGACCAACUACAUCCAGUCAGCAGAUAAGCAGCGAGCCCUAGAAGAAACCAAAGCCUACACAACCCAGUCACUAGCCAGUGUUGCUUAUCAGAUCAAUGCACUGGCCAACAAUGUAUUACAGCUGCUGGACAUCCAGGCAUCCCAACUUCGACGCAUGGAAUCUUCUAUCAACCAUAUUUCACAAACGGUGGACAUUCACAAAGAGAAAGUUGCUAGAAGAGAAAUUGGUAUCUUGACUACAAACAAAAACACCUCAAGAACUCACAAAAUCAUUGCACCAGCUAACUUGGAGCGACCAGUUCGCUACAUCAGGAAACCUAUUGAUUAUACAAUUCUAGAUGAUAUUGGACAUGGAGUGAAGUGGUUGCUUAGAUUUAAGGUCAGCACACAGAAUAUGAAGAUGGGUGGGUUGCCACGUACAACACCACCCACUCAGAAGCCACCAAGUCCACCAAUGUCAGGAAAAGGAACUAUUGGGCGUCACUCUCCGUACCGUACGUUGGAACCAGUACGUCCUCCAGUGGUCCCAAAUGACUACGUGCCCAGCCCCACGCGCAACAUGGCUCCCUCACAGCAGAGCCCUGUUAGAACAGCAUCUGUGAACCAGAGGAAUCGCACAUACAGCAGCAGUGGGAGUAGUGGAGGAAGCCACCCAAGUAGUCGGAGCAGUAGUCGCGAGAACAGUGGAAGUGGCAGUGUCGGUGUUCCUAUUGCUGUUCCCACGCCAUCUCCUCCCAGUGUCUAUCCAGCCCCCGCUGGCUCAUCUGGCACUUCUCCCCUUCCUUCUACCUCUGCUCCUGCCCCCACCCCUCCUGCUCCAGCCCCUUCCUCCUCUACCCCAGAUGCUGCUGCUGCUGCAGGAGCCCAGCCCCUUGCUGAUGGCUUCACCUCUCCAACUCCCCCUGCUGUUUCUUCCACGGCCUCUACAGGCCACCCAGUUCAGUUCUACAGCAUGAACAGGCCUGCGUCUCGACAUACGCCACCAACAAUAGGAGGAUCCCUGCCAUAUCGGCGUCCUCCUUCAAUCACGUCACAGACGAGCCUUCAGAACCAGAUAAAUGGAGGACCUUUUUAUAACCAGAACCCAGCAUCCCUUGCUCCUCCUCCCCCCUCCAUCCUACAGGUAACUCCGCAGUUACCACUAAUGGGAUUUGUGGCCAGAGUUCAAGAAAACAUUUCAGAUACUCCUCCCCCGCCCCCACCUGUGGAUGAGCCAGUGUUUGACGAGUCCCCACCUCCACCCCCACCUCCAGAGGACUAUGAGGAGGAAGAGGCAGCAGUGGUGGAAUACAGCGACCCGUACGCAGAGGAGGACCCUCCCUGGGCACCGCGCACCUACUUGGAAAAAGUGGUAGCCAUCUAUGACUACACAAAGGACAAAGAAGAUGAGCUCUCAUUUCAGGAAGGUGCCAUCAUUUAUGUCAUCAAGAAGAAUGAUGAUGGUUGGUACGAAGGGGUCAUGAAUGGAGUGACGGGGCUCUUCCCAGGGAACUAUGUGGAGUCCAUCAUGCAUUACUCAGAGUGAAGACUAGAGGACAGAGCGCUGCAUCUCCUGCUGCAGGAGCUGUCAGGGCUUCCUCAUCUCCACCAGCCUCUGGGGCUCCAUCCAAAAUAGCAGAAUGAAGGAUAAUUGUAACAACCACUCUUUUUUUUUUCUUUUUUUUUUUUUUCUUUUUUUUCCCCACCCCCCUCUCCUCAUUAUAGAACAGUAGUGUUUUGAGUUGUUUGAACAAAUGGCUUUUCCAGCUGCCAGCAGAGGCUAUCGUGAGCAAUCUGAUGCUGAAGUAAGCUGACCCAUUCAGAUCUAACAAACUCAUUGAGUAGCUGAUAUUUCCUUCACUCCCAUUCUGACUUCUUGACAGGCUCUGGGAUCUCUCUCAGGAAUCCUGUGCACCCUGGAGGCACUAUGUUUGGCAGCAGUGCCUGGCACUGGGGAUGUCCUGGAUGCUUGUGGUGAAGGUUUGCUGGCUGGUGGAUGUCUCUCCUGUUUCUACACUACACUCCUGUGCAGCUGGAAGAAUGCUUGUGUGUUAGCAAACACAGGGAUUUGUAUGCAAAGCUGUUCGUGUAUCUGACUUCUUUACAGUUGGUUGCAUCUUUAGCAAAAAUACUUCUACAGCUGCUUUGCUUGUGUAGGCUGACACAGGCAUGCAGAGCUGGCGUUGGUUCACUCACCCUUUAGUUUAGACAAUUAUGAUGUCUGCAGCCCAGAGGACCCUUGCCCCCAUUUUCUCAUCUUUGAAUGCAACAGGUUUGGUUUUGGUUGUGCGCUGAUGUAAAUGUGCUGCUCCUCACCGAGCUACCUGCUGCGGGUGCUGCUGGGUUGACUGGAACUCACAGAUGCCAUUGACAGUGAAAGUGAAGUUUACAGGUCCUCCUGGGGUCUGAGGAUAAACUCUAGCGGCUGUGAUCUAAGGUUCAGAUCUACUCACACCUGCUUGCACUAGAGAAACAUACCCCCAACUUUAGUCUUAUGCACAAUAUAAUCUUCAAAAUCCAAUCAGGUAUUGUAAAUUGGCUUUUUUGUACUUGAUGACUAGAUUUGCAUAUGUACUGUGAGAGCCCUGUGCGGAGGCAGGACAAAUGGCAAUUGUCGUCUUCAUGUCUGUUGCCAAAAUCUCUUCAGUGGAAGUAAAAAGGGCUGUUGUUGUGUACUGGUUUCCCAUGGAAAUCCAAGCAGUAACUAGAAGUAGUCCUAGCUCUUCUCCUGGUCCUCUCCAUUGCUGAUUAUGAAGAAAUAGGUAUUUUAACUGUACUUGUGGAUCCAGGGUGGAGUAAUAACAAGUGAAGGCUCUGGAUUGAUAGUUUGCUUCUUAAGCCUCAGUUAAAAAUGCUGGUCAGUGAUUCUAUCAAUGUAAAAUGAUGGCUAUGCUAGUCUGCCCUCAGGAAGGACUAAAUACUGCCUUUGGUUGAAUAUAAUGCAUUAGCGGGACAAACCGCAUAAACCUCCUGUUAUAGUCCUGCUGCUCCACAGAUGGAGCUGACCUCUGUAUUGCCAGAGCAUCUUGGGUCAGGGACAGUCCUAGACAAUGUCUGACUUCCAUCUGACCAGGUUCCAGCCAGUACUAACUGUCAAAGGCAAGGUAAUGCUACAGCCUUCUGAAACCUAUGCGUAAAACAGAGCAGUACAGAGAGUGCUGCCAGCACUGAGUUUGUGAUGAUACUGGCAGUGGGGCUGGGUACUUGACACAAGCCUCCUGCCCCUCCUUGGCAAGCAGUGCAGUGCUGGGUUGGAGGCACAUGCUUGGUACAGACUUGCUCAGGGAGAAGCCUUUUCUUCCUCAAGGGGGAAGAAAAAAGAAACAAACAGUGAGGUGUGUUUGUAGGAGGUGGGUGAAUUUGAUUGUCUGCUGUGAGCUCACAAAUUGCAUUAAUUCCUGUGACAGUGAGUAAGGAACUAUGUUGAUGGAAGCCUACAAGAAGUUCAGCUUUAAAGGAACUGUGUAAACACAGAAGUUACUUUCUCCCCUGCUCGGUCCACAGCUGUAUAGCCAAAACACUAUUCUUUUCUUUCUGGAAGUCAACGACAUUACUGUUUGGAAUAAAUGUUUGUUAGCCAGAAGAGAUAGAUACUUUUCUAAUUUCCUUUGCAAAUGCUUCUGUCUUGCAGCAAGACCAGCAGAAGCAGCCAUGUUCAGUUCCUUCAGCCAAUUGUUUCUCUAGGAGCACACCUAUAAACCCCGGUUGUGCUGUAGCUGGAAUGUCUGUUUCCAGUGUCACAGGACAUUCUUACACUUUUUGCACAGGUCAGUGGUUCUUGCAGCCUGGCUAGAGACUGGGGUGAUUGCACCACAGCAGUACUACACAGUAUUCCCCUAAGCACCAAAGAAUUGUGUUUUCCAGGACUGUCAAAGCUUCCCUGGCUUCUUCUGUCCUGGGUGUGUUUUUGGUGAUGACAGCACACAGUGCUCAAAUGUACUGAGUUAUGACAUCUUAAUGGGUUACUAAA